AUGCUCUCCCAGAAGAUCGCUCAGCAGUCGCUGCGACGGCUUGCCGUCCAGCAGCCCUACGCCAUGCGAUGGUCUCUUAUGAACGCCGCCUCCCCCGCCGCUGUUGCCAUGGGAAGGAACAUUCAGACAAGAUACAACGCUUCCAGCGCGGCUCCCACCGAUCCAACUAAGCUCCUCGCCCAGCAGCGCCUGAGACGUCCCGUUGCUCCUCACCUUACCAUCUACCGACCCCAGGUUACAUGGUACCUCAGUGGUCUUCACCGAAUUACUGGAAUUAUCCUGUCCGGUCCCCUGUACCUCUUCGCAACCGCCUACCUUGCUGCUCCCUUGUUCGGCUGGCACCUCGAGUCAGCCUCUCUGGCUGCUUCUUUCGCUGCUCUACCUGCGGCCGCACAGGUCGGCCUCAAGAGCCUAUUCGCUUUCCCUUUCACCUACCACUGCAUGAACGGUCUCCGACACUUGACAUGGGAUACCGGUCGGGGUAUCGACAACAAGCUCGUUAUUAAGACCGGCUGGACUGUUGUUGGCCUCAGCGUGGCUAGCGCUCUUUACCUUGCUUUUCUGUAA